AUGGAAAGGCAAAGAUCUGAAAAGCUGACUUAUGAAGAACGGGGAAAACGACGGACAGUGGCUUCAAGGAAAGAAGGCUUGAGUGGAAAGCAAGCACUGGACUGGUCAGAGAAGCCAACAUAUGGUUGUGGAAUAGAUGGAAAACCGAAGGUGUAUCAAGGUGUGCGAGUGAAGGCGACAGUGAAAGAGCUACUGCAGCAAAGAAGGGCACACCAGGCCACCUCGGGGGCGACCCUGUCAGGAAGUAGCAGUAUCCACCUUCCAGACCCCAGCACGCCGUCGCCUGCAGGACUGUAUUUUGAACCAGAACCGAUUUCUUCCACACCCAAUUAUUUUCAACCCCGAGAAUUUUCCACCUGUGUCUCUUGUGAAGAAAGUCCAAGCUGCCUCGACCAGAUCUUUGAGUCCUACCUUCAGACAGAGACAAUCCCGGAGCCUUUGCUCAACACCGCACAAAGUGUUCCCCACUAUUUCCCAGACAGCUGUCAAGUGGCCUCUUUCUGCUAUAACCAGAGCCUGACUCCAGGAUCGCCUUCAGAUUCCUCCAGCCUCUCUGGCUCCUUUGACUGCAGCUACUCGCCAGCUCAGCCGCCUUCCUACACUCCAGAGAAUUAUACUUCUCCGCCUUCCCUGGAUUCCCUGACCCACAGCCUCCCAGAGGAAGGGUACGCAUACCACCACCAUUGGUCUUCCCACCCCCAGGACAACCACUUCUUCCCAGCCACCCCUCCAGUCUGCUACUGGGCAACCUGUGAAGCAGAGCAUCUGGAUGCCCUCAGAACCUCGGAGUUCUUCUGCCCCAGCACAGACUAUGUGGACUUUGCUCCCUCGGCAGCCAUCACCGGCGAAUUCUAUAAGAGGGAAACAAGCUGUGAUGCCUGCUACAGUUAG